AUGCCGCCAUUACAGGCCGGUCAAGAAGUCCGAGCAGUGUAUACUACUGUGCUUCGCCGCUACUGGAACACCGCUAGUAUCUACGAGGAACUCGAAGAAGACGGCAAAUCGACCAACGACGCCUCUGACCAUGAUCUAAAACCAUUCAAGUGGGCACCGAAGAAACACGAUGUGCAAAAGCUAAUUGAUGAGAGUCUACCUGGAACUGAUGGCUGGGCGUUGAAGCAAGGAUACAUCAGGUUUGUCAACCAUGAAUAUUCCAUGCCAAAUGGCUAA